AUGCCCACAGACCAACCUCCGGCAUAUAGAUCUGUAAGAUUACCCGAAGAUGGGGAUGGAGCUGAUCUUCCUCCAGAUUACACACCAGAUUAUGACUUUGAAAAGCCCAAAAUUCCAACCGAUUCAAACUCGUUUGAGGAGUCGUUCAAGAUUGAAUCGCCUAAAUACAACGAUAAGGCGUUUACAGUAGUCUUUAUAUUCGUCUUGGCUGCCUUUGCAUUGCUCACAUUUUACUGUUUUAGAGACCUUACAUUGAGAAAUUCUGGAGAGUCCUUUUCUGCCACAUUCCGCACUAUUUUCACACAAGGCGACAUCCAGAGCCUUUCAAAAACAUCCAGGAGGAACAACAGGGAUUUACUACUGCUUAUACUAGCUACAAUUGGUGUGCCAAUAUUAUGUUCGAUGCUUUCUCUUCUGAUUGCAUACGGCUUCCCGAUGUUUUUUGUGUUUUUGGGCUAUUUCCUAAUUCCAUUUACCUUGUUUAGUGCAGGAUUUGCACUUCUAGCCACUGGAUCUCAGAUGGGUGGACUUUUAAUGCUUGCAUUUGGUGGGUUUUCGUUGAUGUUCAUCUACCAAAACUAUUCAAAGCUCAGCUUCACUUCAUUAAUGUUGAAAAUUGUCAUUUCUGUGAUGAGACUGCAUCCAUCCACCAUUUUGAUCUCAUUUCUUGGUGCCCUCACAUCUGGAUUGUUCGGAAUUAUCUACCUUGCUAUGUCUGCAAUUAUAUUGAGCGACAGAAUGGCUGUUGACAACAGUACCUUCUCUGUUAGUGAUGGAAACAACGACCAAUCCUCAGUUUCCAAUCUUUCGUGGGCCGUUUACCUUUUCAUAAUGUUUGUUGGCUACUAUGCUUUUGAGGUUAUCAAGAAUCUCGUGCAUGUCACAACGAGUGGUGUGUACGGAUCAUGGUAUUUCUUUGAAAAGUCGGCGCUUAAACCUCUCCAUCCUGCACUUAGUGCAUUUAAAAGAGGUAUCACAUAUUGCUUUGGCAGUAUUUGCUUUGGAUCACUUAUCGUGUCGCUUAUCAAGGUUGUCCGGCAGAUUUUAAACCUUCUCAGGGCAAAAUUAGAUGAGAGAAGAAUGGGAAGAUCGGAUGACGACAAUGAUGAUGAUGGAAUGAACAGUCUUGUUUACUGCUGCUUGAGCACUCUUCUUUUGUUGUUUGACUUCUUCUUCUCCGAGGCUGAAUAUUGGAUUAAGUGGUUCAACCAAUAUGCAUAUUCGUAUCUUGCUCUUUACGGAGAAGACUACCUAAAGUCAGCCAAAGACACUUUUGAGAUCUUCAAGUACAAGGGUAUGUUCAUUUUGAUCAACGACUGUCUUAUUGGUGCCACAUUAAGCUUCUACGCUAUUCUCAACUGUAUUUUGAGCUCCUCCGUGUUUAUGACCCUCAUAUAUGCAUUCCAAAAGUACACAGACGUUGCACCUGAGUUUAUGAUCGCAGGCUUUGUCCUUCAGAUCCUCUUGGCAUACUUCAUCACCUCUAUUACUCUCAACACAAUUAACUCCGGAUUCAUAACAUUCCUGAUUGCACUAUGUAUUCAACCCGAAAAAUUCGACCAGGAUUAUCAUGCUUAUUUCGUCAAGAUGACAAACUACUAUCCAGAAAUAAGUCAGUCUUUGCGUGUGCCCUUCCGUGAAACAGCAUGA